AUGAAGAAGUUGUUGUGGGUCUUUUGUCUGUACAUUUUUUGUCUCUGUGGUUGUCAGAGCAGUGAGGUGAAUGGAAAGGAGGACUUCAUGCUUCUUGCAGGGCCUCUGACAAAGCAGGUGGUCAGAAGUUCGGACAGAAGCAUAAAUGAUGCCUUUGACUGCAGUCAUCCCGUUCCUCCUGGCUCUAAGCAGUACUUUGAGUACCUGCAGAGCAGAGGGGUGACCCACUUCAAAGUACCGCUGUCAUGGGCUCAACUUCUUCCUACAGGCCACCCCAGCCAGCCCCAGCAGGCUGUGGUUAGAUGUUACCAGACCCUGCUGAAACAGCUGCUGGAAGCAGGUCUUCAGCCUCUGGUCAUCCUUCAUGGAUGGACAGUUCCAGAGUCUCUGCAAUCAAGGUAUGGAGGCUGGGAGAGCCAGGAGCUGGCACAGAUGUUUCAGCAGUAUGCAGAGUUUGCCUUCCAAGAGUUUGCAGCACUUGCACACUCAUGGGUGACACUGGAUGGUGUUUGGCAUGACGGGCAGCCUGCACAUGCUCCCAGUUUUCUGCAGAACAUCCUUCAACUCAACAAGAACAUUUACCAGAUGUACCAUCAACACUUUCCUGACAAAGGAAGACGCCUGUCAAUUGGGUUGAGAGCAACAGGUAUGACUUCCCUCUCCCACAUUAAAGAUUUAACAGCAAUGGAUUUCUUGUCGGUGCACAUUGAAUAUAACUGUGUUAUCUCCUCAAACUUUGAAAAUGAGCUAAGGAGGAUACAGAUGUCCAUUGGGAACUUGCCUAUCCUGCUGUACAAGAUGACUGCUCAUGACUGUUCCCAGAGUAAUUAUCAGGUUCUUGGAAAUUUUUUAAAUGUCCUGAUGGACAAUGGCCUGAAUAUUGUGGGGUGUGACAUGAAGGACGUGUUAGGCAAGCUGGACAUGGAAGAUGCUCUUGUCAAGAUGACAGGGUUAAGAAACAGUUAUCAGACUGUGUGGGAUAAAUUUAAGUCCCAGACCACAGCAGAACGAGAUCUUUUCCUUCAGGAAUCAUUCCCCUCUGGCUUCCAGUGGGCCACCUCCAGCGUAUCUUUUAAAGUUGAAGGUGGCUGGUCAGAAGGCGGGAAAGGAGAGACUAUUUGGGACCGGUUUGGUCAUGAGGGCUUGGCCUUUGACAAUCAGACAGCUGACCUAGCUUGCGACAGUUACCGUAAGGUAGAUUAUGAUGUCUACCUUCUGCGAGGUCUUCAGGUCAACACCUACCAGUUUUCCAUCUCUUGGGCCCGUAUUUUCCCCACAGGGUACCGACAGAGCCAAUCAGAAAAAGGAGCUCAAUACUAUGACCAGCUAAUAAAUGCUCUCAUUGCAUCUGGCAUACAACCCAUUGUCACUCUGUACCACUGGGAUCUGCCUCAAGCACUCCAGAAUUAUGGUGGAUGGACCAAUGCCUCCAUUGUAGAGGCCUUCAAAGACUAUGCAGACUUCUGCUUCUCCAGGUUUGGAGACAGAGUCAAGAUCUGGAACACAUUCAAUAGUCCCUGGGUAGUGAGCCAUGCCGGGUAUGGUACUGGUGUGCAUGCCCCAGGAGUAAAGGACUAUGUGGAAUCUUCCUAUCAGGUCACUCACAAUAUUCUCAAGUCCCAUGCUGAGGCCUGGCAUGUCUAUAAUGACAAUUACAGGAAAACACAAGGAGGAAAAGUGGGCAUUGCCUUGAACUCUGACUGGGCUGAGCCCAGUGACCCUGCCAAACCUGAAGACGUAGCAGCUGCAGACCGUUACCUGCAGUUUAUGCUGGGCUGGUUUGCACAUCCCAUAUUUGUAGACGGAGAUUAUCCUGCAAUACUCAAAGAUCAGGUGGAACAGAAGAAAACCACAUGCCCUGACUCUGUACCAGCAAAGCUCCCAGUUUUCACUCCCACAGAGAGCCAGAGGAUACUUGGUACUGCUGACUUUUUUGGUUUAAAUCACUAUACUUCUCGGCUGGUCAGCAACAGUAAUGGUGGGUGCACCCCUGGUCCCGACGGUGUUGGUGACUUCCAUGCAACUGUGGACCCCACAUGGAGUUCCACAGCUUCUGACUGGAUCUAUCCUGUUCCUUGGGGACUUAGAAGGCUCCUAAACUACAUUUCAACAGAAUACCUGAAUGUUAACAAAGUGCCUAUAUACAUAACAGGAAAUGGGAUGCCAACAGAUUACAGUGUUGACAGUCUCAUUGACACCAGCAGAAUGGACUACAUGAGAAGUUACAUCAAUGAGGCCCUGAAAGCAACACUCACAGAUGGAGUGGAUGUGCAGCGAUUCACAGUGCAGUCACUCAUGGAUGGAUUUGAGGCAAACCAAGGCUACAGCCAAAGAUUUGGUCUUCACUAUGUCAACUUUGAAGAUGCAGACAGACCAAGGACCCCAAAGCAAUCUGCAUAUUUGUAUGCUGAGGUUAUCGAGCAAAACGGUUUCAGUUCACAAAAAAGUAAGACGUUUAAAGCUGCAGAAAGGCCAUUAACUCGACGUUUAGCUGCCUUACCACCCUCAGAAGUUCCAUCUCAGGCAAAGGUAGUUUGGGAGAAAUUCUCUUCACAGUCAAACUUCCUUAGAAAAAUGUACCAUUAUGGCACUUUUCCUGAAGGCUUCAGUUGGGGAAUUUCUUCUUCGGCCUACCAAAUUGAAGGUGGCUGGAAUGCUGAUGGCAAAGGUCCUAGUAUAUGGGAUACAUUCACGCAGACAACUGACACUAUUCCUGAUAACGCAAAUGGCAAUGUAGCCUGUGACAGUUACAACAGACUUAAUGAAGAUCUCUACAUGCUGCGGGCUCUGAGGGUGAAGUCAUACAGAUUCUCUUUGUCCUGGUCCAGGAUCUUUCCUGAUGGCACACGUAAGUCCCUCAACCAGAAAGGUGUUGACUACUACAACAGACUCAUUGAUGGUCUUAUAGCGUACAAUAUCGAACCCAUGGUAACACUGUACCACUGGGACCUUCCUGAAGCUUUGCAAAAGGUCACUGGCUGGGAUAAUGCAGAGAUGAUUGACAUUUUUAAUGACUAUUGCGACUUCUGCUUUGCUACUUUUGGUGACAGAGUGAAAUUCUGGAUAACCAUUAACCAGCCUCAGACAAUUGCAUGGUCUGGAUAUGGACUUGGAAAUAUGCCACCAAAUUUUAAGGCCCCAGGAUAUGGACCAUACAUAGUUGCACACAACCUCAUUAAAGCUCAUGCCAAGGCCUACCAUACAUAUGAUGACAAGUAUCGCCAGUCUCAGGGUGGUCUAAUAUCCAUAGCCCUCAAUGCUGAUUGGGCUGAACCUAAAGAUGUCAGCGUUCGCCGUGAAGUGGUGGCUGCUGACCGGGCGAUGCAGUUCCAACUGGGAUGGUUUGCACAUCCUAUUUUCAAGAAUGGUGACUAUCCUGAUGCACUGAAGUGGCAAGUUGGAAACAAAAGUGAAAUCCAAGGUUUUCCACAGUCAAGACUUCCUUCCUUUACUGAAGAAGAAAAGAACUUCAUCAAGGGAACUGCUGACGUAUUCUGUGUAAAUCAUUACACUACAAAGAUUGUAAGCCAUAUUACAGCUCGGCUUAGCCCUGAGUCUUAUGAAUAUGACUGGGACUUCAAGGAAGAAGAGGAAAAUGAUUCACCAACUACAGCUAUUCCUAACCAAAAAGUUGUGGCCUGGGGCUUGAGGAGACUCCUCAACUGGAUCAAGGAGGAGUAUGGUGAUCCAGAGAUUUAUAUUACUGAGAAUGGAGUUGCUACAGAAGCACAGACAACUUGGGAUGAUUCUGCCAGAGUGUUUUUUUACAAGGCCUAUAUUGAUGAGGCUCUGAAAGCCUAUGAACUUGAUGGUGUGACUGUGAAAGGAUACACUGCAACCUCUCUAAUGGAUUCUUUUGAGUGGCUAAAUGGGUACAAAGUUGGAUUUGGCCUGCACCACGUGGACUUCAGUAACCCAAAUCGGUCAAGAACACCCAAGUACUCAGCUCAUUUCUAUUAUAACAUCAUAAAGGAUAAUGGUUUCCCAUUGCCAGAUGAUGAGAAGGUACUUUAUGGACAUUUUCGAGAUGAUUUCAUUUGGAGUACUGCCACAGCAUCAUACCAGAUUGAAGGGGGGUGGAGAGCUGAUGGCAAAGGUCUCAGUAUUUGGGACAAGUUUGCUCACACUCCUCUCCGAAUCUCCAAUGAUGACAUUGGGGACAUAGCCUGUGACAGUUACAAUAAAGUAGAAGAGGAUGUUGCCAUAUUAAAGCAACUCAAGGUGACCCAUUAUCGAUUCUCCAUAUCAUGGUCAAGGGUCCUUCCUGAUGGUACCACCAACUACAUCAAUGAGGCUGGACUCAAUUACUACCACAGACUGGUGGAUGCACUGAUUGCUGCAAACAUUCAGCCUCAUGUCACUCUGUACCACUGGGACCUUCCACAAGCUCUGCAGGAUAUUGGGGGAUGGGAAAAUGACACUAUUGUUACCAAAUUCAGAGAUUAUGCUGACUUCAUCUUUGACAGACUUGGCCACAAAGUGAAAUUUUGGAUAACUAUUAAUGAACCCUACAAUGUAGCCAUGAUAGGACAUGGUUAUGGAGUAGGUGCCCCAGGGAUCAGUUUCCGACCAGGUACUCUGCCCUACAUUGUUGGUCACAACCUGCUUAAAGCUCAUGCUGAGGCCUGGCAUAUUUACAAUGACAAGUACAGGGCCAAACAGAAUGGAAUUAUCUCCAUCACAAUUAACUCUGACUGGUCUGAACCCAGAAAUCCUUAUAAGCAAGAGGACUAUGAUGCUGCAAUACGCGCCAUUCAGUUCUACAUUGGCUGGUUUGCCCAUCCUGUAUAUAAUGGUGACUACAAUGACAUAAUGAAGACAGUCAUUCGUGAGCGAAGCCUUGCUGCUGGUCUGUCAAAAUCUAGGCUGCCUGAGUUCACUCCGGAAGAGGUUAAAAGAAUUAAAGGCACUUAUGAUUAUUUUGGGUUCAACUAUUACACCACUGUCCUAACAUUCCCUGUGGACUAUAAGAACCUUCAGCACUAUGAUGGAGACAAGGGUGCAGGGUCAACUGUUGAUCUCACCUGGCUGGAUUCAGGUUCAGGCUGGCUGAAAGUCACACCAUUUGGAUUCCGCAGAAUACUUAAUUUUAUCAAGGAGGAAUAUGGAAAUCCACCAAUUAUUGUCACUGAGAAUGGCAUCUCAGAGCGGGGCACUGUUGAUCUAAAUGAUAUUCACAGGAGCCACUACUAUGAAAAAUACAUCAACCAGGCAUUAAAAGCUUACUUACUAGAUGGUGUAGACAUCCGUGGCUACACAGCUUGGUCACUGAUGGACAACUUUGAGUGGGCUAAAGGCUUUUCAGAGAGAUUUGGUUUUUUCUAUGUGAAUCAUUCAGACCCUAAUAUUUCUCGAGUAGCUAAGAAAUCUGUUUCUGACUACUCUAAAAUCAUAACCUGCAAUGGAUUCCCUCACCCUGCGUCAGGACAUGAGUGCUUGAAUCCUGUGGAAGGAACAGCUACACCACCAAUCACUGACAACAAUGCCACUGUGAGGUUCCUUGGUAUGGAGCUCUCUAUCCGCAAUGCUGAGACCGGACUUAAUGUCACAUUUGCUCUCCUGAUUGUUGCAGUGUUUGGAGCUGUUUGUGCAUCAUUUUGCUUCUUUAAGCCAAAAAAUCAGAUUUGUAAAAGUGGAAAAACAUUCUAA